GGAGGAAAACAUCCUGUCUGAGCUAGCUACGGCAAGCCGCUAGUGACUUUACAUGUGCUUCAUCAGUUAGCGACGAUUUAGAGUAUGUUAAAACCUGUAAUUCUGUUUACAACGUGGCUUGUUAACCAAUUGUGCUGAAAAUGUCAUUAUUUAGCCUCUCUGCCAAACGAACGGGCUUCGGCGUGUCGUCGAAAAUUAGCUGGCUGUCGUCAAACUUAGCAAACAAUAAUAACUCAGCUUUCAGUCACAAGCGAAGAACCUACAUCACAGAAGUAAAGCGACAUUUGAGCUCCAAACCACACAACGCCAAGGUACCAAAGACUGCAACAUGGGAUCCAGUGAGAGAGGACCAACUUCCUCCGCCCUCCCUAAUCCCUGCGGACCUGGUUGAUAAACUGGAGCGACUGGCCUUGGUUGAUUUCCGCACCAAACAGGGACUAGAAUGUUUGGAGAAAGCGAUACGAUUCGCUGAUCAGCUUCAUUUAGUCGACACGACCGGGGUUGAACCAAUGGAUUCAGUAUUGGAAGACAGGGCCUUACACCUGAGGGACGAUGCAGUGACAGAUGGGGACAGUGCAGAAGAACUGCUUCAGCUUUCCAAAAACACAGUUGAAGAAUAUUUUGUGGCACCACCAGGGAAUAUUCCUCUACCUACGAGGGAGGAGAGGACUGCCUUGCUCAAACACUCAGAGUUCUGAUGUUCAUUCAUUUAUCUUUUAUAUUUAUUCAUCACUUUUUAUUCAAGAUGUAAUUUGAAAUAAAAAAAAGACACUUGUGUCCUAAUGCAAUGAUAGGGACUCAGUUAAGAGACUGCUAAUCUCAAGUACUGAUGAGCUACAUAACCUAUUAUAUACAUGUACAUCUUAAAAAAUUAAAAUAUAAAAAAGUUCAA